UGCAACUGAAGUGAUCGGGCAUUUCGCGCGCAUUCUCCACUUUAAACUGGCCAUUUGGUGAAUUAAUUACGAUGUGGUUAGGCAACGGGACGGUAUUACAUACCUAAAUCAUAAUUUGUCAUGAUUGUUUACGACUUUAAUUUAAAAUAUCACCGUGUUUGAAUCAUGUUACGAGUUACAACCAAAAGAAACGGGUUCUGUUCACAUUCUGCAUUUUCGAUGGUGUAUGGAGUGUUUUAAUUAGUGUACCGGUUGGCGAACAAUUUCUUUCGGAUACACGGUGGAAACAGGAUCAGAGAUGCCUCGAACGAGAGCCGAGAUCCUGUUGGAUAUGUACGGAAAUGCAGAAGGAGGGAUUUCUCGUGCGUACGUGAUAUGCGUGGCUGGAAUGGCAGAAAAGUUACGCGAGGCGGCCGCACGUGGCGACGUAGCGCGAGUUGCGCGACUCCUUGACGAAGAUAUUAAACCAUUGCCGGACGAAAAUGGUAGAGGCCCUCUUUUAUUGGCCGCAGCAGCCGGCCACGUGGAUGUCUGUGAAACUUUACUUCUUCGAGAAUGCGACGUCAAUGCUGCAGACAAUACUGGUGUCACACCAUUGCAAAGGGCAGCUUCUGAAGGUCAUUUGGAAGUGGUGGAAUUGUUGCUGAAACAUGGUGCCGACGUUGCUCGCCAGGAUAACGUGGUGA